ACUUUUUUCGGCAAAUCUGUCAAAGUGUGCUGCAUGUAUAUUCGCUGAAACCCGAAACGGAGUAAAUAUUCCGCACUUGCUAUUCGUUUUGGAAAUAAAUUAAAGUUGAAGCAAACAAAACCAGCUCACAAAAAUGGACGCGGAAUGCAAGGCGAUCGAAAAGAAGAUGCAAUCGGAGGUGGACCAGUUCAAAGCCAUUCAAAAAGAUUUUAGCAAACUGGUGCAGCAACGCGAAUUGCUUGACGGUCAACUCAAUGAAAACAAAAGCGUUCUGGAGGAAUUGAAUCUGCUUAAAGAUGAUAAUCAGGUGUACAAAUUGUACGGUCCAGUGUUGGUGAAACAAGAUCUCGAUGAAAGUCGUCAGAAUGUGGGCAAACGUAUGGAUUACAUUAAGAAAGAAUUAAAGCGAUGCAAUGAUCAAAUCGAAGAACUCGAAAAGAAACAGGAUAAACAUCGUGAAAAUAUUCAAAAAUUACAACAAAAACUGCAACAACAAUAUCAAGCGGUUAUGGCAGCUGCCGGCAUGAAGUAAACACACAUCUUCGAACAAACAAUCCGGAACUGUAUAAUAUUCGAAUAAUGAUCAUCAUUUAAUCGAUUCAAUUCACCAAUGGCAUUAAUUUCGUGUGCGAAAACAUAUUAAAAUGUGUUUAUUUUUCAAAAAAAUAAAAUUUCUAACAUUCUA